AUGGAAUUUAUAGAAUUAUAUUCAAAUUUCUAUAGAGACCUUUCAAACAUGUUAACUGAUGCAAGGGAUCAUGAUGUCAUUAUUCAAGUUGGAGAAAAUCAAAAUAGAAAAGAACUUCGUGCGCAUUCAAAUAUCCUUAGAGCUCGUUCAGAGUAUUUCAAAAUCGCAUUUUCAGACGGAUGGAUUAUUAAAAAAAAUGAUAUCAUUGAGUUUAAAAAACCAAAUAUUAACCCUACUGUUUUCGAAGCAAUUCUCGAGUAUAUUUAUACAGGUGAAUUUAAUUUAAGAGAAAAAUCAGUCGAUUAUAUUCUUCAAUUGAUAGUUGCAUGUGAUGAAUUACUCCUUGAGGAAUUACUUGAUUGUGCCCAAGAUUGUUUAAUUAAAAUUCGACCAACUUUAGUUCGAGAAGAGCUUUUUCUCGUUCUUCAUACGGUUUUUCCACUUAUCAAUUGCAAGAAACUGCAGGAUCAUUGUGUUAAAUUUGCCUCAGCUGAAUUACAAUCAUUAAACAUUUCAAAAGAAAUUUUAUCAUUUGAUGAGGAUAUACUUUAUGAGUUACUUAAAAGGGAUGACUUUCUAAUUGAGGAAGCUAUUGUUUGGGAUUAUUUAAUUAAAUGGGGCAUUGAACAAACUCCCGGUUUGGAAAGUAGGAAUAGAGAUAGAUCAGAGUGGAAUAAUGAAAAUUUUGAAGCACUAAAGAGAACCUUAAGUCGGUUUAUUCCUCUUAUUCGAUUCACAGAAAUUAGUUCUGAUGAUUUUCUUGAUAAAAUUCGUCCAUUUAAAGCCAUUAUUCCUCGUAAUAUUUACGAAGAAAUUAUGAAAUUUCAUAUGAAGCGCAUUUUACCAACGAAUACAAUUAUUUUACCACCACGAGUCGGAAUGAUAGACAUUAAAUCAAAAAUUAUUAAACCAAAACUUGCAUAUAUAAUAGCUAAUUGGAUUGAAAAAAAAGAUGCAACAGCUAUUCGUAGUAGGAAUUCACAAUAUAAAUUCAACCUUCUUUAUCGCAGUAGUAAUGAUAGUCUUCAUAUUAAUUCAUUCCGUUAUAAAUGUAAAAAUCAUGGCCCGUGUUUUAUCUUGAUCAAACCGAAAACGAAUGAAUUUGAUGGGCAUUUAAGUCGGAAUAUUACUUCUCAAUCUUCUCAACAAAGAAUGUCUCUUACCUCUAGAAAUGCUCAGUCAACAAAUUGGGAUAAUCCUGGUUCUCAAAAAACACUUUCGCAAAUUUCAACAAAAAUAUAUGGAGAAUAUUAUUCCGGUAAAAUAGAUAGCGUUUGGAAAGCUACAACUGAAAACUUUAUAUUUUCUUUUGCAAAUGACAAUGAUACUAAAGACAUGAAAAUAUGUCGCAUGAAUUAUCAUGAUGUAACUUAUAAUACCGGUAAUUAUAAGAAGUUAUGUUUCGGUUUUGCUUUUAAAAUAAGUCGGCAGCACUUAUAUAUUAACAAUUCGUACUAUAAUGAUGAUAAUGUAUUGAAACGUAUGCUUAUGCCUGUUCCUGAGGAGAUUGAAGUUUUUGAAAUAAUUUCUAGUUGA